AUGAAUUACAUGACUUACGAUUAUGAUCCCCAACAUUCUUUGGAAACGUCCUUUAAUAAUUUGGCGUUUCACCCGCAUCAACAAUCACAACAGCAAGGGUUAUAUGAAGCUGGAGAAAGGAAUGAUGCCAGGCCGGGACUAAUGAACCCGUUAGGACAGUCCAAUAAAAUGAAUAAUACCAUGAUUCCUCAAGGUUCAUCGGCUAAUCCAUUAGGAGGACAGCAUAACUUGAAUAGUUCGGCAAACUUCAACAUGCCUACAUCAAUGAAUACCUAUAACUAUCAGAAUGUACCACAGGCGCCAGCUAGAAAUGCUAUGAACCACAAUAACAUCAUGAGUGGGGCAACUGCUAACGAUUAUUGGCUGGAUCCAAUGAGUAAUAUGUCGAACAAUAACAAAGAGGCCAACGGAAAUCCCAACGACUCGAUGUCUUCGAUGUCCAAUAUGACUGCUAAAACUUCGAUCAACAGCACGGCGUUCAAGAACUCAUUUGUUCCUUUCAAUCAUGUAGCAACUCUUCCAAUGACUAACGUAAACAGCAAUGAGACGAAUUCGAACAAAGACGAAAGAAUGGAAACUAUGGAAGUGAAACUACAAAUAAAAGAAAGCCAAAUUGAAUCGCUAGAGAAUGAAAUUCAAAAAUUAAAGAAAAUUUUUAACGAAGGCUUAAAUUACAAACAGAACGAAUACAAGUAUGAAAAGGAAAACUCCCAUAUACCCCAAGCUUUUGAGUUGCCUGCUUCAUUAGAAGUGAUAUUUAGAAAGCUAUCAUCAUCACUUCAUUCAAAAGAGAAAGAGCUAGCAGAUACAAAGGAGAAUUUAGAGAGUAUAUUGACUGCACUGGCUCUAAACCCAACAAAUUCAGUGACCAAAUAUGGAAGAUACGAUGCAGAAUCCAUUGCUCACAAAAUGGUGGUAAGGCUAGAGAAUCUAACCAAUGAAAACAAAGAAAUGGCCAAGAUGUUGGCCUAUGGCAGGUCAAAAGAAACUCAAAUCGAGCUACAGUUGUCUAAAAAAGAAAAUCUAGAAUUAAGGGAAAAGAUAGCAUUCUUAGAGACCCAGUUGGCUAUGAAGAUACCUUCAAAAGAAAAUACUGGUAAUAAUGGAAACUAA